UCCUUCCACUUGUGUGCGGCCUCCUUCCUCGCUGCUUCCUCCUGCCACGUCAUCGCCCUCCCCUCUCCCUUUUUCUCCUCUUCUCCUCCGCCCUCCGCCGCCGCCGCUUCCACCCCCCGACCGACGCGCGCUCGCUUCCUACCAUGGCGAACCAAUAGGUUGCACCCGCCGCGCGAGGGUAGUAGUGGCUCCGGCACCGUGGGGGGCCGCGUCGCGGGCGCUCUGCUCUGCUGCUCUCUCCGGAGAUUUGUAGAAUGGAUUCUUUACGUGACAUAGUCCUGCCACCAGGAUUUGGAUUCCACCCAAAAGAUACUGAACUCAUUUCUCACUAUCUGAAAAAGAAAGUACAUGGUCAACAGAUUGAACAUGACAUCAUCCCAGUGGUGGAUAUAUACAAGCAUGAACCAUGGGAUUUGCCUGAGAAGUGCAAUGUUCCAACCCAGGAUAAUAAGUGGCAUUUCUUUGCUGCCCGUGACAGAAAGUAUCCCAAUGGUGCUCGGUCAAAUAGGGCAACAGUUGCUGGGUAUUGGAAAUCUACUGGAAAGGAUCGAACCAUAAAAAUGGGCAAGCGGACUAUAGGAACAAAGAAAACUUUAGUUUUUCAUGAGGGUCGGCCCCCAUCUGGGAGGCGUACUGAGUGGAUCAUGCAUGAGUACUACAUAGAUGAGCGUGAAUGUCAAGCCUGCCCUGAUAUGAAGGAUGCGUUUGUCCUUUGCCGUGUUACCAAAAGAGAAGAUUGGAUCUCAGGGAAUGGCCAUGAGUUGGACAACACUGACCCUCCAGAACUAAAUGAUGAUCCUACACCAGUCAUCAGUCCUCAACAGCCAGAUCCUGCUGCAUCCUCAGUUGUUGGUACUGAACAACGAAAUGGUGAGCCCACAUCAGUUACCGUUGCUGAAUCACCUGAAGGUGUUACUUCAUCAGCUAUCACUGCUGAUCAAGCAUCUCAUACUGAUGGCAUCAAUAUAGAUGAAUGGUUGGAAGAGCUAUUUGAUCCUUCCUUCAACCCUGAACAGGAUCUAGCUUCUGCUGAUCUGUCUCGAGAUGAACAAAAUGUUGAAUCAUCGAACAUAAGUGCUUUGGCUCCGAAGGUGGAACAGGUCUAUUCUAGUCCUAACCAGAACGUAGCAGACGAUACAGAUUACCUAUUGGCUGAAGAUUUGUACAACAUAUUGAACCCUGGUACUGAUGACUUCAAUAUGCUCCAGCAUCCGAUUGACCAGGAAAUGCUUGCUUUUCCUUGCGUGUACCCUUCUGGGGCAUUGGAUCCUUGCGAUCUCGCAAACAGCUUAGGGAAUGGAACUCAGAAGGAACUGUGGUCGCCCCAGGACAACAGUGAGCCUACUCAGGCAAACGAAGCUGCUGAUAAUGGAAUUACAAUACGUAAUCGUGAAGGCAAAAUACCUACAACUAGCGUGCCACAGUACAAGGGUAGAAGACAUGCUAAAAUUCAGGUUGGGAUUAACAAGAUGGCCACGAGUAGUUCCGAAUCUAUAAACCAGACUUUUACGUUUGAGAGCAGCAGUAGCUGUCUUGUUGAACACCAGAAGAACCGUGAACAUGAUGCCACCACUCCUAGCAAGCGGUCAGAUGCGGUGAAGCCCCUCUGCAGCAAUGGAGGACUUCUGAGGAGCAUCCGGAAUGCAUUCACUGGCUGUUCAGAAGCUGGAUCAAAUGUCAUACUUAUCACUGUUUUCGCUGUUGGAGUCGCUGCAGUAGCGCUUCAUGUAGGCCAACGCCUUGGAUUCAGGCUAUAGCCGAAGAUAGAUCAUCAGCAUGCGUAGCUUUUGGAUUUACAGGUCGCUGGGUUUCUAUGCCUCCCAUCUGGAGAAACGUUAACAGACUCCGAUCUUUGGUUGGUGCAGAACGCUUGAUGUCUGCCCCGGUUUUUGAGUUGGUUUUGUACAUAUUAAUAUCCUCCGUAUUGGUCGACUUUUGAUCUGGCCACCUUGUAGUCUCGUAGUACAAUGUUGAUGUAUGUAGGGGGAAAAACCAAAAAAAAGAGCAAAAGGAAAAAAAAAUUUGACGGUUAUAAUAAUAUAUGAUUAAUCGCUUGCAACGUAUGUCUUUCUGCCAA